AUGCCACGCCCACAUACUGGGCUUUUUGCCCGAAGGUCUUGGACCUGUAUUAAAUGCAGAUUUCACUCAUCUACUGCGGGCGCACAAGUGCGCAAGGGCAAGACUAACCUCCCAGAUGCUCCUGCACGCACGCGUUUUGCUCCUUCCCCGACCGGCUACCUCCACCUAGGAUCUUUACGGACUGCGCUAUUCAACUAUCUGCUUGCAAAGCGAACUGGUGGACAAUUUUUGCUACGCAUUGAAGAUACCGACCAGAAACGAACAAUCCCCGGAGCGGAACAGAGACUCUAUGAUGAUUUGCGCUGGGCGGGACUCCACUGGGAUGAAGGCCCUGUUGUCGGUGGCCCAUUUGGACCUUACAGACAGUCGGAACGAACAGCCUUGUACCGAUCUCAUGCCGAUGAUCUAAUCUCCAAUGGUCAUGCCUACCGAUGUUUCUGUUCUUCUGAGCGACUCGAUUCCCACGCCCGGCACCGAAGCUCAGCAGGCCUACCUCCUGGAUACGAUCGGAAAUGCGCAGAUAUAUCCUCUGAAGAGUCGCAAGAUCGCGCUCAUAAGGGAGAAGCACAUGUUGUCCGCUUGAAGGUGGAGGGAUACCCCAUGUUUAACGACUUGGUCUACGGCAAGACGGGACAGAAUAAACCAAACAACAAUAAAAUGGACUUUAUUGAUCGCGUAUAUGACGAUCCAAUCUUGAUCAAGUCAGAUGGCUAUCCGACAUAUCAUUUGGCAAAUGUUGUGGAUGACCAUUGUAUGGAGAUUACGCAUGUCAUUCGGGGCACGGAAUGGAUGCCAUCUACUCCGAUGCAUAUGGCUUUGUACAAUGCAUUCAAGUGGACACCUCCGCGCUUCGGUCAUGUUCCCUUGCUGGUGGACAAGUCUGGACAGAAGCUAAGCAAGCGAAACGCAGACAUUGACCUCUCUUCGUUCAAGGAUCAACAAGGAAUUUUCCCAGCUACACUAGUCAACUUUGCUGCUCUUCUGGGCUGGUCGCAUCUACAGAAAUCCGAUAUCUUCGACUUGGGGGAACUGGAAGAGAUUUUCAACCUGAAAAUUACCCGCGGCAACACCAUUGUUGCCUUUGAGAAACUUUGGUUCCUUCAAAAAGCGCAUGCCCAGCGAUUUGCAGCAAACGGAGGUCCCGAGUUCGACGAGAUGGUAAACAAAGUAUGCGACGACGUCAAAGAAACCCACUCCCAAGAGAACCUUGCUCCCCUCCUGAAAGGCCGCUCCCUCGCCGAGUACGUCGCGCCCCUCCUCCGCGCCGACGCCAAAUCAUACACAACAGCACCAGAAUUCAAAGAGCGCAACUCGACAUUCUUCACCACAAAACUCGACCGAGUUCCCUACGUCCCAACUUCAACUUCUAAAAUCCCCUCGCCACCCCAAGUCCCGAUGCAAGCCUUGCACACGGCAGCAGCGGCUUUGACUCUCGUCCCAACUAGCCACUGGACAAUUGAAACUCACCGUUUCAACGUCAACUCUUACGAUGGCUCUGAUGCCGUUACCCUCUCGUCGGAGACAACCGGGUCGACGGAUAAAAUCUUCAAGAAGGAAUUGUAUCACUACCUUCGCUGGGCGUUGUCUGCUUCGGCGCCUGGCCCUGGUAUCCCUGAGACGAUGACUAUACUUGGGAGAGAGGAGACUGUGCGCAGAAUUCAAGAUGCGAAGGCUUUGACUCAGGAUCUUGUUCCUGCUGUUGGAAGGCGGGUGCCUAAGGGCAAUCAGAGUAUGGGUGAUGACCGAAGCUGGAUGGGUUCUCUUGCUGGUGGGCAAUGA